GUGAGAUCGCAUAUAAAAGCGACAGAAUUCUAGUCUCCAUGUGCAGAAAUCAUCAUGGACACCAAGGUAACAUUUGUAUAUCUAGUGGUUGUGAGCGUAGCCUUGGGUUACGAGUAUCCGGCCCCAGCGGUGCAGCUCACCUACGACGACUAUAAGGCGCAAGAACCCUCUUAUUCUGUGCCCGACGAUACUUACGAGGCUCCACAGCCGAGCUACUCUCCGCCUGCGCAAAUCUACAAGGCACCGGAGCCAACGUACUCCGUUCCCGCCCCAGCCUAUAAGGUUCCAGAUCCAACCUACUCUGCUCCUGCCCCUGCUUACGAGGCCCCUGAGCCUACUUACUCUGCCCCUGCCCCUGCUUAUAAGGCCCCUGAGCCUACUUACUCUGCCCCUGCCCCUGCUUAUAAGGCCCCUGAGCCUACUUACUCUGCCCCUGCCCCUACUUAUAAGGCCCCUGAGCCUACUUACUCUGCCCCUGCCCCUGCUUAUAAGGCCCCUGAGCCUACUUACUCUGCCCCUGCCCCUACUUAUAAGGCCCCUGAGCCUACUUACUCUGCCCCUGCCCCUGCUUAUAAGGCCCCUGAGCCUACUUACUCUGCCCCUGCCCCUACUUAUAAGGCCCCUGAGCCUACCUACUCCGCCCCUGCCCCUGCUUAUAAGGCCCCUGAACCUACUUACUCUGUCCCUGCCCCUGCUUACAAGGCCCCUGAACCUACUUACUCUGCCCCUGCCCCUGCUUAUAAGGCCCCUGAGCCUACCUACUCCGCCCCUACUUAUAAGGCCCCUGAGCCUACCUACUCCGCCCCUGCCCCUGCUUAUAAGGCACCUGAGCCGACGUACUCUCCCCCUGCCCCUGCUUACAAGGCCCCUGAACCUACUUACUCUGCCCCUGCCCCUGCUUAUAAGGCCCCUGAGCCUACCUACUCCGCCCCUGCCCCUGCUUAUAAGGCCCCUGAGCCUACCUACUCCGCCCCUGCCCCUGCUUACAAGGCCCCUGAACCUACCUACUCCGCCCCUGCCCCUGCUUACAAGGCCCCUGAACCUACCUACUCUGCCCCAGCCUACAAAGCACCAGCAGUGACCUAUUCUGAGGCCGGGAUGCCCUUCAACUUUGCGUAUGACGUGAGGGACGAAUACACGGGCAAUGACUACGCCCACAAGGCCGACUCCGACGGCGCCGUCGUGAACGGCGAGUACCGCGUCCUCCUUCCCGACGGCCGCACGCAGAUCGUUACCUACACAGCCGACCACGUGGCAGGGUAUCUAGCUGAAGUGGCCUACGAGGGCGAGGCUCGCUAUCCUGAAACCAGGCCGUACCAGCCUUACAGCGCUCCUGCCCCUGCAUAUGAGGCCCCUGCUCCUGCGUACAAGGCACCUGCCCCUGCAUAUGAGGCCCCUGCUCCUGCGUACAAGGCACCUGCCCCUGCAUAUGAGGCCCCUGCUCCUGCGUACAAGGCACCUGCCCCUGCAUAUGAGGCCCCUGCCCCUGCGUACAAGGCACCUGCCCCUGUAUAUGAGGCCCCUGCCCCUGCGUACAAGGCACCUGCCCCUGCAUAUGAGGCCCCCGUGCUUUCAUACGAAACACCUGGGCCUAGCUAUGGGUUGCCCGAACAUCUUUAAUCUUAGUUUUUGCCGUCUGUCAAUAGACAUUAUUUAUUUAUUUAUUUAGCACAUUUAGUAGUGCAAUAUCUAAUAAAGGUGAAAUAUUAUUUUUUCA